UACGCAAACAAAUAAAGCUAAAGUCUGCUUGCUUGGAGUACUACUUUACCGGAGGACAUGAGUGUGACACUCACAGGGGGAGCCGUUAAAGCUCUGUACAACGCCUCACAAGAUGACUUAAAACCAGUGCUGCAGUUGCUGGACACCCGUCUGUGUAGCAAUGCUUCUAGUCCACCCAGGUUCCGGCUCAAGAUGAGCGAUGGUCAACACUUUGUGUCUUGCUUCGUGUUGGCCGCACAAUUAAAUAAUCUGAUAGAAGAGAAUCUCCUGGUCCCUAAUUGUGUGUGUAUGGUGAAGAAGACCGUCAACAACACGUUGACAGAUGGCAGGCAUGUGGUGAUUGUGGUGGACAUGGAGAUAUUGCAAACGGCCGAGGAAAUUGGAGGGAAGAUUGGAAAUCCAACUCUGUAUAAUCCAACUGGUAUGACGUCAUCUCCACAGAAGUCUGCCUCAGGUUCUUCUGUCUCAGCAUCCCCUCCAUCUGCUGCAGUACCCGGACCCUCCAAGAAGAACAACAGCAGCCAUGAAAAGGGUUUUGUUGGAAAGUCACCCAUGAAGGCGUCACCCAUGACGGCGUCACCCAUGAAGGCGUCACCCAUGACGGCGUCACCCAUGAAGGCGUCACCCAUGACGGCGUCACCCAUGAAGGCGUCACCCAUGACGGCGUCACCCAUGACGGCGUCACCCAUGAAGGCGUCACCCAUGAAGGCGUCACCCAUGACGGCGUCACCCAUGACGGCGUCACCCAUGACGGCGUCACCCAUAACGGCAUCACCCAUGAAGGCGUCACCCAUGACGGCGUCACCCAUGAAGGCGUCACCCAUGACGGCGUCACCCAUGAAGGCGUCACCCAUGACGGCAUCACCCAUGAAGGCGUCACCCAUGAAGGCGUCACCCAUGAAGGCGUCACCCAUGACGGCGUCACCCAUGACGGCGUCACCCAUGAAGGCGUCACCCAUGACGGCGUCACCCAUGAAGGCGUCACCCAUGAAGGCGUCACCCAUGAAGGCGUCACCCAUGAAGGCGUCACCCAUGAAGGCGUCACCCAUGAAGGCGUCACCCAUGAAGGCGUCACCCAUGAACGCGUCACCCAUGAAGGCGUCACCCAUGAAGGCGUCACCCAUGAACGCGUCACCCAUGAAGGCGUCACCCACGAAGGCUAGCAGCUCUUCGCCAGGUUCUUCAUCAAAAGUCAUGCCUAUUGAAAGCCUAAACCCCUACCAAAGCAAGUGGACUAUCAGAGCCCGAGUCACCAACAAAUCCAGUAUCCGCACCUGGAGUAACUCCAGAGGAGAGGGCAAGCUCUUCUCCUUUGAGAUAUUGGAUGAGAGUGGAGAGAUCAAGAUCACAGCCUUCAACAACGAAGUGGACACGUUUUUCUCUCUAGUGGAGCAAGGCAAGGUGUACUUCAUCACCAACGCUACGCUGAAGGUGGCCAACAAACAGUACACCACCCUGAAGAACAACUAUGAGAUGACCCUCCACGCUCAGUCAUCCAUCGUCCCAUGUGAUGACAGUCAAGGAAUCCCAGCCGUGCACUGUGACUUUGUGCCCAUCGCCGAGCUGGAGAACAGAGACAAGGACGCCAUCGUUGAUGUUAUUGGAGUGUGUAGGAGUGCGGAGGAUGUAUCCCGUAUUACCACUAAGACCAGCAAGGAAGUCUCCAAGAGGGCCCUCAACCUAAUAGACACAACUGGCAAAGUGGUUACGGUCACACUGUGGGGAGAGGAGGCGGAGAAGUUUGACGGCUCUCGGCAGCCAGUGGUCGCCAUCAAAGGAGCUCGCCUGUCAGAUUUUGGAGGCAGAUCCCUCUCUGCCUUAUUCAGUUCAACUGUCAUGGUCAACCCAGACUUACCGGAGGCAUUUAGUCUGCGGGCCUGGUUCGACCGGGGAGGCAACGCGAUCGACGGCCAAUCCCUGACACAGAUGAGGUCAGCGGGGAGCGGAUCAAAGAGGAACUGGAAAACACUGAGCGACGUCAAGAGUGAACAGUUGGGACAAGGAGAGAAGGCGGACUACUUCAGCUGUCUGGCGACGGUGCUGUACAUUCGUAAGGAGAAUUGUCUGUACCGGGCCUGUCCGUCCGCAGACUGCAGCAAGAAGGUCGUCGACCAGCAGAACGGACGCUACCGCUGCGAAAAGUGCAACCGAGAGUUCCCCAACUUCAAAAACCGACUCCUGCUUUCUGCCAACUUGGCAGACUUCGGGGAUAACCAGUGGGUCACAUGCUUCCAGGAGACAGCUGAGGUCCUGUUAGGUCACAGUGCAGAAACACUGGGACAACUCCGAGACACAGAUGAAACUGCAUUCGAUGAAGUCUUUCAGAAAGCCAACUUCACAACUCACCUCUUCAAAAACCGAGUCAAGCUGGAGACGUACAACGAUGAGAGUCGGCUGAAGGUAAUCGUCAUGGAAGUGGAGCCCGUCGACCACAGGGAGUACAGCAGGAGACUGCUCGGUAACAUCCGCAAAUUGGCCAGCUGAACACAGUCCCAGUCAUCCGAACGGCUGCCCAGGGAUUACACAUUUCUUCUACUGGUCUCCGACUGGUGUCCGACUGUUUACACCAUCGAGCAUAUCUGACGGAGCCAGCGGGGCGGUCAGUGAUUCAUCCGAUUAAAUGGCAGCAGAACAAAAGACUGUUCACUUGCUUCGGCGGGCAAUUUGUGAAACGCUGCAACGCGAUGGAACCGACUUGCACCUUUUUUUAUUCUGUUGACAUUUUAACAAAGAUUACACAAAGUAGAACAUCGGCGAAAUGUCCGACCGAGCGUGCCGGCGCCCCCCCCCCCCCCCGACCGGCGCGGCUGAGCGAGGACUCGUUCAUCGCAGCUCGCAGCUUUAAUUUGAUUUAUCUUUAACACAUGACUCAUGUUUGUUUCUAAUCGCUGGUGGUGGGGCUCAGUGUUAGUUGAGUAAAACAAAUGGUGAGUCAGAUGUUAUUUAAUUUUCAUUGUUUCGUUGUAAAUAUGAAAGCGUGGACAAAGUGUGUGGGAGACUCGCAUGCUGGCAUUUUGUUUUAACUGUUUUUACUGAUUAUGUCUUCAGCUCGUUGAAAUUAUUCUUUUAAUUAAAAAAGUGUAGUGUUUGGUUUGUUUCUGUACUUAAAAAUGUCAAAGAAAAGUGAUUAAAUAAUAAUCUGAAUAAGA